AUGUCGACUCAAGCCGGCCAAGUGUUCUCGAGGGAAGCUCUCGAGCAAGUGUUGAAGCGGAGAUUCUUUUAUGCUCCUUCGUUUGAAAUCUACGGCGGUGUGUCCGGGUUCUACGAUUUUGGUCCCCCCGGGUGUGCGUUGCAAUCCAACCUCAUUGACGUGUGGCGGAAGCACUUCAUCCUCGAAGAGGACAUGUUGGAGGUUGACUGCACCUGUCUUACUCCCUAUGAAGUGUUGAAGACCUCGGGUCACGUCGACAAGUUCGCCGACUGGAUGUGCAAGGAUCUUAAGACCGGUGAAAUUUUCAGAGCUGAUCACCUCGUCGAAGAAGUGUUGGAAGCGAGAUUGAAGGGUGACAAGGCUGCCCGUGGUAUCAAGGAAGAAGUCAAGGAAGAAGAUGAAGACAAGAAGAAGCGGAAGAAGAAGGUCAAGGAAAUCAAGAACGUGAAGCUUGACGAUGAAGUCGUUGCCGAAUACGAAAACAUUCUUGCCCAAAUUGACAACUACGAUGGUCCCGCUCUCGGUGAAUUGAUUGCCAAGUACGACAUUACCAACCCCACUACCGGCGGCAAGUUGGAACCUCCCGUUGAAUUCAACUUGAUGUUUGAAACUGCCAUCGGUCCCUCGGGUAACUUGAAGGGUUACUUGCGUCCCGAAACUGCCCAAGGUCAAUUCUUGAACUUUGGCAAGUUGUUGGACUACAACAACGAAAAGAUGCCCUUCGCCUCUGCUUCGAUCGGUCGUUCGUUCAGAAACGAAAUUGCCCCCAGAUCGGGUUUGUUGCGGGUGAGAGAAUUCAUUCAGGCUGAAAUCGAACACUUUGUCGACCCUGAAAACAAGAAGCACCCCCGUUUCGUCGAAGUGAAGGAUGUCAAGCUUAACUUCUUGCCCCUGCAUGUUCAAGAAUCUGGUCACACCGAAACUGUGGAAAAGUCCAUCGGUGAUGCCGUCGCCGAAGGCAUGGUCGACAACGAAACUUUGGGUUACUUCAUUGCCAGAAUCGCCUUGUACUUGGCCAGCAUCGGUAUCGACCCCAAGCGUACUCGUUUCAGACAACACAUGGCCAACGAAAUGGCUCACUACGCCUCGGACUGCUGGGACGCUGAAUUGCACACUCUGUACGGUUGGAUCGAAGCCAUCGGUUGCGCUGACCGUUCGGCUUACGACUUGUCGGUCCACGCCGCCAGAACCAAUGAAAAGUUGGUGGUCAGAGAACCUCUCCCCGAACCCAAGACUGUCGAACGUUGGGAAUGCGAAAUUCAAAAGAAGAAGUUCGGUCCCAAGUUCAGAAAGGAUGCCGGUACUGUUGAAAAAUGGUUGACCCUGAGAACCGAGUGUGAGCUUGAAGACUUGGCUCAAGAAUUGAAGUCGUCGGGCAAGAUCACCGCCGACGUCCCUGAAGUGGGGCAGGUCGAAAUCGACUCUGACUUGGUGUCGAUUGACAAGGUCACUCGUACCGAGCACAUCCGUGAAUACACUCCCAACGUCAUUGAACCUUCGUUCGGUAUUGGUCGUAUCUUGUAUUCGUUGUUUGAACACUCGUUCUACACCCGUGAGAAUGAUGCCGACCGUGGGGUGUUGUCGCUUCCUCCCUUGGUGGCCCCCACCAAGGUGUUGGUGGUGCCUCUUUCCAACGCUGCUGAACUUAAGCCUAUCACUCAAAAGGUCAGCGCUUAUAUCAGAAAGCAAAAGCUUCCCUUCAAGGUGGACGACUCCUCGGCUUCCAUUGGUAAGAGAUACGCCAGAAACGAUGAAUUGGGGACUCCCUUCGGUAUCACCAUCGACUUUGACUCCGUCAAGGACGACUCGGUCACCUUGAGAGACCGUGACACCACUAAGCAAGUGAGAGGCACUUUCGAAGAUGUCGUUGACGCCAUCAAGGCCAUGACUUACGAUGGUGUUCUGUGGGACGAUGCCACCAAGAACUUGAAGGUUUUCGAAGGCCAAACCGGUGAGUAA